GUUGUUUGACUAUGUUCUCUUAGUAGUCUGUGGUUGUUUGUUUCAGUUUUGGUUAAGUGCCGGGUUUCAGAAGAAAAGAAAAAAAAAGUGCCGGGUUUCAAACAAUAAUAAUUACCUACUGUCGAGCGUAAAGAUUGCAAAGUUAUGAUUAACAUCAUAGAAGACCGGGUCCUGCGGAAUAUGUUGAUGUUUUUCUUUGUGUUUUUUAUAGUAGAGUUAUCGUUAGUUCAAGCCGCAAGUUAUGAUAACGGAUAUAUUGCCUACUGUCCUUGCAUGGGUAGAUUUGGAAAUCAGGCAGAUCAUUUCUUGGGUUCACUAGCAUUCAGCAAAGUUCUUAAUAGAACAUUAAUACUCCCACCAUGGGUUGAAUAUAGAUAUGGAGAGCCAAGGUCAAUCCAGGUGCCAUUUGAUACUUAUUUUAAAGUAGAGAGUUUAUCUGAAUAUCAUAAAGUUAUUACAAUGGAAAAUUUCAUGACUGAAAUUGCACCUUUUAUAUGGCCAAAACAUAAAAGGAUAUCAUUUUGCUAUACAAAAAGAAUAGGAGAGCAAGAAAAUAGUUGCAAUGCCAAAUCUGGUAAUCCAUUUGGACCUUUUUGGGAUACCUUUGAUAUAAGUUUUACUGGAUCUGAAUUUUAUGGACCAUUAAAUUAUGAUGUUCAUAAUACUGUUAUGAUAGAGAAGUGGAAACAAAAGUACCCUUCAGAAGCUUGGCCUGUUCUGGCUUUCACAGGUGCACCAGCAAGUUUCCCUGUACAAGACGACAAUCGCAUUUUACAGAAGUACCUUACUUGGUCUGAUGAUUUAGUGAACAGAUCUAGAAUUUACAUUAAAAAGAAUAUGAGUGGUGGAGGAUUCUUAGGUAUACAUCUGAGGAAUGGUCAAGACUGGAUAAAGGCAUGUCAGCAUGUGAAGGACAGUCCUAUGUUGUUUGCAGCUCCACAAUGUGUGGGAUAUAGAAAUGAAAGAGGACCUUUGACAAUGUCGAUGUGUAUACCACAGAAAUCAGAAAUUAUUUUACAAGUGAAAAGGGCAAUCAAGAAAUUAGAUAAUAUAAAAUUUAUAUUUGUAGCAUCAGACUCUAACCAUAUGGUGGAAGAUUUUAAUUCAGCGUUGCAACAUUCAGACAUUAAAGUAGCAACUUUACAGCCAUCUAAUCCACAUUUAGAUUUAGCUAUCUUAGGGCAAGCAAAUUAUUUUAUUGGUAAUUGUGUUUCAUCAUACUCAGCAUUUGUAAAGAGAGAGCGUGAUGUGAGAGGUUUACCUUCAGAAUUUUGGGCAUUUCCUGCACGUAAAAAAAUAAAACAUGAAGAAUUAUGAUUUUUGCAGGAGUGGCAACCUGAAGGAACAAAUAUAUUAUUAAGUAUAUUUUUUACAGUGCUUAUGUAAGGAUAACUAUGAAUUUAUAAUUUAGUAUACAGAAAUAAUAAUAAUAGUUGUAAGAAAUAUUGGUACAAAUGUUGUGUUGAUAUAAUUUACUUUUACAAAUGUGAAUGAAAAAAUAAUGUAACCAUUUGGGAUGUUCCUAUAGUAUUAAAUUUUUUUAUUAAUAUGGUUUGAUUUUUUGAAUGUUUAAAGGAACUAUCUUUUACAAUGAACUGCACUCGUAGCACAGGUUCCACGUCGCACAAAUACUUCGAGGGAUCCAAACAAUGAUUGGAUGUUAUUCAUGUUGUAUAACAUUCACUGCAUCUAUGGGUCAAAGCCUUCGAUAUAUAUCGCGGCGCGCG